AUGUCUCUUAACAAUACAACUUUUGAUGAAGAUCCUGAUUACUAUCUAAUUACUUUUGAACAUAAUAACUAUAAAGAGUUAAUAAUCAACUAUGAACUAGUAAAAUUUUCUGAUAAUGUAAUAAAUGAAGAUGAACAAGAAUGCAUAGAAAUAUCUAGUGAAUCUGGUGAAUAUACGAAUAGAGGAGUGAGCAUUAGAAGUAAAGAAAGAGAGAUUAGUAAAAAUAAUAAACAAAAUAGCUAUUUGAAUUCAGAAUUACUAUCAUUAGAAUUACCCACCUUUAACCCUAUUCAAAAUUAUCAUCCACUUUAUAAAGGAUUUGUAAUACUUCCUCAUAAAUUUCAACUAGGUAUCAUAUCUCAGCUUUCACAUUUUUAA